GAAACAACAACUAACACGAAUUUAUCGAUUCGAAUCGGCUGGCCAAACUGGUCUAAUCACGUAAGAAAGGUUGUUGUGCUUGGCUCGGUAACAACAACAAUGGCGGCCGAGGAUAUGGAGGGAUCGCAAGGCAUUGGUGAGGGUGGAGUUGGAGGGCCUGGUGCGCCUACGCCUUUGUGGUCACUCGAGGGCGUUGCUGGACUUACAAAGCGCGAUAUUCAACUUGUUGUUGAUGGCGGCUUUAAUACGGUCGAGGCUGUUGCCUACACUCCCCGCAGAGUACUGGAACAGAUCAAGGGGAUCUCGGAGCAAAAGGCAACGAAGAUAUUAACAGAAGCUUCCAAGCUUGUUCCUAUGGGCUUCACUACGGCAACAGAAAUGCAUCAACGCCGCAGCGAAUUGAUUUCCAUCACCACUGGCUCCAAGCAGCUCGAUACCUUAUUAGCUGGUGGUAUCGAAACAGGCUCUGUCACAGAAAUAUUCGGCGAAUUCAGGACUGGAAAGAGUCAGAUCUGCCAUACAUUGGCGGUUACUUGCCAACUUCCUUUUGAUAUGGGUGGUGGCGAGGGGAAGUGUUUGUACAUCGACACAGAAGGAACAUUCAGACCAGUUCGUCUAUUGGCUGUGGCAAAUCGAUACGGACUAUCAGGAGAAGAGGUCCUCGAUAAUGUAGCAUAUGCGCGUGCUUACAAUUCCGAUCAUCAGCUCCAGCUUCUGCAACUUGCCUCGCAGAUGAUGUGCGAAACCCGCUUUUCACUACUCAUCGUUGACAGCGCCACAUCUCUAUAUCGCACGGAUUUUGUUGGGAGAGGGGAAUUGGCUUCAAGGCAAACCCACCUGGGGAAGUUUAUGAGAGCGUUACAGCGUCUUGCCGACGAGUUCGGCAUUGCAGUUGUCAUUACCAACCAGGUCGUGGCCCAAGUCGAUGGAGGACCCAGCGCGAUGUUUAACCCAGAUCCUAAGAAGCCAAUAGGUGGACACGUUAUUGCUCACGCGAGUACAACCCGGCUCAGUCUGAAGAAGGGAAGGGGAGAGACGAGAAUAUGCAAGAUUUACGACAGCCCUUGUCUUCCGGAGAGCGACUGCCUGUUCGCCAUCAAUGAGGAUGGCAUUGGUGACCCAAGUCCAAAGGAUCUCGAGAAAGACUAGAUCUUUUAGGCGACACGAGGAAUGGGUCCACAAUCGUAUGGGUAUGGAGAACGUGCAUUGUUGAGUUACGAGGCUAUGAGAAACUUUGUUACAGAAAGAGCUUGGCGUUAUAGAUAUUGUGUGCUUUAGCAUGCCGCGAAUUGUACAUUUAAUUGGCCUAGCAUUAUGGACUUGGGAACAAUAAACUGCCUA